CUCGCCCUGGUGCCUCGACGCACCAGGGACGAGAAAAUCCAUGCUUUUUCUAACCAUCGCCAUCCUCUUCGGCUUGUUGUCGCGAGGCGUCGUUGCCGAGAAGAGUAAAAAAUUAUACGAUGCAAUGUAACGAUUAAGAAGACUUCCUUUCUUUUCUUUUCGCGAGGGAAACCUUCAUAGUUACCCGCGUCCUCUGGGAGGACGACGCAGGGUGGCGCCGAAUUUUUACCAGCUAAAAUCCCCACGAUGGCCGCUUGAACAAUUAAGAAGACUGAAACGGUUAUUAACCUUGAAGUCACAGCGGAGUACAAAUGCACCUAAAAAGGAUAUUAAAUUGAGAGGAUGUCGAUAUCGAUCAAAUAAGCGACGUGUGCAAGAAGAAUUAUAUGCGAGAUCUCUACAGGAAAAUAGACGGGGCUGUCCUGAUGUCGCAGCUCGAGAAGGAUCUGGACUGUACCAUCACCUUCCAAACGCAUAGUAUCCUUCAGCGGUUCAUGCUACGCUUCGACCAACUGCAAUUGGACUGCAACGAUCACCUCUACAUCUACGAUGGUGCACAUGCGGUCAGCAGUUACAAGGCAGACCUGUCCUGCCAGAACACGAAGCAGUCCGUGGGCGCGAUUUAUACGCGCACGAACUUCGUGACACUGAAAUACGUCACCGACUCGUGGGGCACCAUCUCGAACGGCUUCCGUCUCGUUAUCACCGCCGUCAAGGAUCCAAAGCACACCUGCAAGGACUUCCGAUGCACUCAGAACGAAUUCUGCAUCGAGACGGACCUCCUUUGUGACGGCGUGAAUCAUUGCGGCGAUGGCUCCGAUGAGGCUACCUCCACCCUCUGUGCCAACUCCGAGGCAUCGACGAUCCUGGGCAUGCAGACGAUCUGGUUCGUGGUCGCGCUCGUUUUUCUGAUCCUGAGCGUGGCAGGCCUGGUCACAGUGGCGGUCCUCUGCUUCUGCAGGCAACGCGCCGCAACCCCGAGGCAUCCCCAUAACGCGCACAACGCCCAGACUCAUCCUCCAGUCAGCUUCCCAUAUGUACGGAUCGAACGGAGCGAGCGCAGGCCUACCGGUGGGCAUGACCACGUUGAAGGGCACCACGGGCACGCUGGGAGCGCUGGGGACCUACGGCUCGGCCCUCGGAUCGGGGGUAACGGGUGCCACGACCCUGCCGCGGCCGGGAAACUGGCUGCGCCCUGCGGGCCUCAGGCACGGGCACAGCGCGGCCCGGGUCCGCCUCUACUGCCAGGCAAAGUGAGGAGCCACGGUUCCGACAGCGACAUCUCCUCCAGCCAAAAAGACGAAUGGUUUGUGUAGAGGCAGGCCUGGACCAGAGCCCGCAGGGUGAACCGGUGCGGUGGUGCCCUCACCGCCCCCUCCCCCCGGGGACGUGACGACGCCAUGCGUCGCAUCGUUCCUAUUCACAUCGGUCGCGUGUUACCGGCGAACAUCUUGGCGUGCCACGCAACUCCCCAACCACCCUUUCACCUCCACCGAACGGAUCGGCGAGCUUUCCGCCUCGAUCAGCCCCGGAUCGGGCCCUACGAAGCCGACCAGCAAGCAGAAAUCACGCGGUGCGUGUACGCGGCUGAAAGUCGCUGCUGCAGAUCGUCGAACGCUGCACGUAGGUCUGAACGGACACCGAGUUCAUCGAUGGAACUCGUGACUUCCGACCUGUCUGAUUCUACGCGUUUCGCCGCGCGUUCUUUGAGUCGCUACCGAGUUGAGUGGAAACUCGCUUGGAGAUGGAGACGAACGGGUCGAAUGGCAUCGGCACGAUGCGAGGCGUGGACACGUGAUCCGACGGAUAAUUGGACAAAAAUUUCGUUUCAGCGCGAAUAUACGUUGUACGUGUGCGUGUAGUUAUUGGAGAGGGAAGAAAGUAUGCUGAGAGUGCAAGUACCUCGAGAGUAAAUAUGUUGAGAGUGAGACUAGGAAAGGGGAAAGGAGUCAUCGAUGCACAGCCAGGGAACAACCGGAGAUUCGUUCUCGCGGUAUACGUGUGCGUAGUCAUUUGUUCUUUUAUUUAACCGGUCGUUGAGUUUUACGUAAUCUAGUCACGUGAAUAUCCGGCUGUCUCCUCGGUACCGAUUUUAUGAAAACGGUACGCUGGAUACACGUGCAUUCUCUCGUGAGUGAUGGAAAUUUUGCGAUGGGAGCGACGUAUCUUCAAUUCCAGCGAUUAUCGCGAUCUAAUACGUAAAUUCGAUGUUUUGUAUUAAAAAUUGAAACACACCCGCUACGUACCAGUUAGCUGCGGGGAUAUCGAAAUUUGCAGAAGAGAAAUAAUUCGUGGCAAAAUUGUCAUUGCAAAAUAGUACGUGUAUCAUAAGAGAAAAUUGAAUGCACGCUCGAGGAGAUUUUUUUAAUUUUUCACGCUCCCAAGCGCAAAGUUUCCGCGCUGCAAUCUCCGCGACAAAAUCCACUGUCAACGUUUGAUCAACGUCGACGCCGGAAAGCGAUAUGGCCCCUGAACCGCGUUUUCCAUCGGCCGCCGUUACUUCGGAUUGACGUCAGCCAUGUGCACGCGGCAAAGGGUGAAUUACAUAGGUAAUAUUGAUCGGGCCGAAAGGCAGAGGAAACGUUUCACGGAAAAUCGUUACCGUGGGACACGCUGAUGUAUGCAUGCGGGUGCAGUACGUGUGUUACGUGUCGCGUGUUAUGUGUGCGUGGUUAAAUUGCGUCGAUGCGUGAGUGUCGCGGGGCGAAAAAUCGCGAGCACAAGCCGCGGCUGAAAUUAUCACAACGGGCCUCGGACACGGAGGGAAAAGAUUGAUAAAAAAUUACGUUCUGCACGCUGGCAUUUCUCUUCGCGUAAAUGAAAAAAAUAGAGAGAAAAAGUAAGAAAAGAUAAAGAAAUGGUAAGUUGAAAGAAACGAAGGGAAUAGAAAGAAAUUGUAGCUAGUCGGGAGAAAUCUAAAUGGGUGGAAAUUAAUUAGUCAACUGUGGUUUAUCCUUUGAGAUUCAUUAUUCGUGCGUGUAGUUUUCAUCGUUCUCAGUUUUCCGUCGCAAUCGCGUCGUUGAUUUCACGACAUCUGUCGAUCGAACGACAUUAGUUCCUACAAUGUUUCUUAGCUCGUAGACGAACGAUAGGGUAAGAGCCGAGGCACGCUUUACGAAGAAUGAUUGCGACAAGACUGCUAGCACCUCGCGCGGUGUGAAUUGCACACGAGUUAUAGUAAACGAUAAAAGCAGAUUUACGAGACACGAAAUGAUAAACGACGCAGAGAACGGGAACGUGUGAAGGAACGUGGAUUUUUUUCUUUUUUUUUUUUUUUUUAACGAAUAUUUAAAGAGCUUCUGCAUCCAAACAUUCGGAUUUGAGAGCUUAUUUUGGCAGUUGAAUAUUCUCUAUUUUGAAGUUGACAGAAAAAUAUGACGUAAAUCUUUCUCGGCUUUGCUUUUUUUUAAUAUCUUCGCUGUUACAGAAAAUGUUCAAAAUAGUUGCAAUUGAUAAAAAUGUAGCUUCGCUACGUUCUUCGUUAGGAUACCAAAAAUAUAGAGAUUUAAAAAAUAAUUCGAAUCAAUGAAUGAUCAACUACGCUUCGAUUAAUUGGUUGAUAACGAAAAUAAAGGAUUUGGAAAAUUCGCGAGAAAAAAUCAAGAACGAAGUAUUUCAGAAAUUGAAAUUGAAAUUAUUUUCACUUUCUGACUGAGACGAAUGAAACGUACUUGCGAAAUCGUACGAUAUGCGUUCGAUAUACCGACAAGUUCGAAGACCAAUAAUUGGAAAAUCGAUUAUCUUGUAAUUACAUGUGAUUUAUGUUAUAGCACGUAUUAUUGGAUUAAUUGACAGGAAACUGAGGUGGCGCGUGUUAAAGAUUUAUUCGGAAUCGGUGUAGCUUCGUUGUACAAAGAGAAAUAUUAAUUCGACGUACGUGUUUGCUACACGAACUUUGAUAUCGCUAUUACUUUAAUAUGCAGAGUAAAUCUCCGUACAUUUGAAAUGACAAUCGCUGUAGCGCAUAUUUAGCAAUGUUAUCGCUCAGAGUAUACUAAAUGACAAGAACAACGAUGUUGUUAUAAACUUUUCCGAUACGUCAGUUAUUGGUAGAUCGGGAUAGACCAACCGUACCAUAGAAAAAUAAUUGAACAUUGGACGAUCACGACGAGAACCAUCCACAAAUACCCUGACUGAAUCCCUAUUUUAUACUACGAUAACGAUAACAAUUUUCUUGAAUUGCUUAAUUUAUUGCACAAAUGUAAAUUAAUCGCACAAAAUUUUUAUACCAAUCGCAACCACUAUCGAGUAAGAGAAAGUAACGAGCGUACAUAGAAAAAUCAUUCUUGUAGUUGAAACAUAAAAUAAUUUCUAUGGUAUGAUUUGAUUCCAUCAACUUUUCGAACUAUUUUUACACUAUACAAAUCAGAACGAGAUCCUUUCACUGCCUUUUACGGGGACAAUAAAUAAAAUUCGUCGUAAAGUGUCGAACCAGCAAGGGAUGCCUUCUCUAUCGUUUCGUCGUGUGGCUGUUUUAAUUUUACAAUGAAUUCGAUACGGAGCGAAAUGCAAGCGUGAGAAAUCGUACUCGUAUACAUGUAACAUAUUUGUAUCUAUUAAAUAGCCGUUCAGCUUUGUGCCGUCUCCAUAGAUUACAGAUACAAAAAGCAUAUAUAGUUAUAGAAGUUAUAGUUGCGAGAGAAAGAUGGUAGUCGAAUGAAUGGGAGUGCGAACAAUAGAAAUAUGACGUGUGUACGAAAGAACGAGUAUAGAAAUAAUACAAGAGAGUUUUUAAAUAUCGACAUUAGCACGAAAUCUAUAUCGCAAGAAUUAAAGUAAAUCACCGAUCAAUGGGAUUGCCAGUUUAUGUUUGACGCGAUCGACAACACGUCGAUCGAUAAGAAACGAAUUGUAUGUACUUGAAAAGGUAAGAUUCGUCGAUGCUAUCUGCUAAACUGGAAAUUACGAAAGAUGACGAUCAGGAUUAUGUGGAAUUAAUUAUUGUCGAAUUUUUUUUACUUGGAUUCUCGGCUAUUGUUUCACGUAAAAUAGAAAUUAGCUCGAAAAUUAGUUCGAAAAAGCGUUCUUAUAUCGAGUGAAGAACAUUCAAAGAUAAUAAAAUAAAUACUUGAUAUUUUUGUAUUGAAGUUCGAACAUUCCUUGGAACAUUUGAUUACCGUGUGUCGUCCAUGUGAUCUGUCGAGCUGAGAAAAGAUUACAUAAAAUUGAAAGAAUUUAAAGCGCGACAUAAUCCUCACGUAUAGUAUCGACGAACAAAGAAAAGAGGAAAAGUAUCCACUGUUUCUCGUAGGCAGACUGAUCCUUCCGGCUCUAAUCUUAGCUACUUUCUCACUUGUACGCUUAACGAGAUGCGCCGAUAUGGUUGAACAGCACGAGACGAUAUCGAUUUCCAGGAAACGAAAGGGGAAAAAAGUGGCGAAGGACGAAAAGGAAGUGCGUGCGGUCGUGAGAGAUGAAAAAUUCCAAGCAGCGAGGAGAAAAACAGAUUGACGAAGAAUGAGGAGAGCGUGGAACAAAGAAAUGAGAGAAUGAAUGUCGGGCAGAAAGAUGUGAGUGGAUGAAUUCGCAGUCCUUUGCGGCUGAUGGCCGCGAUUAGGCUAAGCGAGUAGGUAAGACGAUCCGAUUAGUUGGAUUCGGACACACGGAAGCUAGCUAAAACUGCCAUGAAGGAAAUGAUUUAGAGAAAUGUGAAUUUUUAGUGAAAAAUCGACCACUGCCUUGAUGCAUUUCUUACUUCAUCAUGAAAAAUGAUACAUCAUCGAUCGAAUUUCCGAUCUAAAUUGAAAUUUUGUUGAAAACGUCAUUUCUGAAUGUAGAUAUAUUUUCAUCUUUUUCGUCAUAUCGUGUUUCUUGCAAAUACGAUAUAACGAGUUAGAGAUUAUUUUUCCUUUAAUUAAUUAACAAACCUUCAUUUCUAAAGAAAAUGAACCUAAAAGAUCGAAAUUUAUAGCACAAUUUCAGGGGGAAACAAUUUGAUGCUUUCACUAUAGUACUAUUUUAAACAUAAUCGUACGGAGAGUACAAAGAAAAUCUUUCUACGUUUAUUUUUAUAUUGAUUUGAAAUAUAUUAAUGUUAAAUAUAUAUUUAUAUAUAUAUAUAAAACUCUUAUUAUAAAUACGUUUAAUUAGAUUGAAUUUAAAAAUGUGUCAGGGAAGUGGUUUAGUUUGCAUGUGUAAAGGGGUAAUUUUGAGUUUAUGCCCUAAACAAAAGAAUGUCUCGAAAUCUUUUCUUGAUUUCUCUUCUCGAAGGAACGAACUCGAUUAACGCGUUAAUCACGUUCUUUGUCGUAUAUGAAAUUUUUAAACCAAUUGAAACGGCUCUCUAGUUGAGCUUCAAUGGUUCGGAUAUGUUCGCGUCGUCGAGCUACAUGUAUUUUCGCGAAAAUUUCUAAAACGAAAAUUCACAGCAAACGUAUACUUUUAUAUUUCGAUAACAGCCUCGAUGUAUCAAUGAAAUAUUCAAUUUGUCAUAAAUCGUGCUGUCAUUUCAAAUCUUCCAGCUAUCGUUCAAAAUUCCUCGAAUCGUUACAACUCAUUAUUAUCUCAUUAUUACUUGGCGAUCGUGAUCGUCGACAUGUUCCGACAACAUUAUUUCCUCUUUAUGCCUGACGAUCACGCACCGCCAGGCUUUGCACAAUUUAAAAGCAAACAACCGCAGGAACAUUUACCACGUGUAAUAUCGCAGGAAAUAAAGGGUUAUUAAAGCACCAAAGCUCUAUUAUCCGUAUAUUUCAAAGCGAUAUCAUCGGCAACAUGUAGAACUAAGGGUUAUCAUAAAUAUAAUUCGACCGCGAACAAGCGACGGGCAAAUGCUUCUCUCUACGAAGAAAACACGCGUCAAAAGCAAUGUAUCUUCCUGUAAAUUGAAAGUCGAAAUUGCGUUAGAGGACUUUUUUUAUUGCAAAUAUCGACGAAGAUGGUGAAUAUACUUUCGAAUAUGUUUCACGAAUGCUGUGAAUUGAAGUUUUAUAGGUUUUUGUAAAAUCCAUCCGAAUAAACUUUCACUUUAGAUUAGAACAAUUUUCUCGCGUAUUCUGCGCUUGCUUUCAUUCGCUAUGCGAUUGCUUUAAUUCUGAGUUGAAUAUAUUGAGUCGUCCCAUAGGUAACAUGGUUUUUCUCACAGUUACGUUCGGAACGAUGAGAAUUGGAAUAGAAAGCUCCAUGGAAAAAGAUAGGGAAUUAUAAAAAAAUAUGAGAAAAUUCAACGCUGAUCGAUUGCCAACAUUUUUUAUUUCCUAAUAAAUUUGAUUUUUAUUUAAUAGCAAUAGGAGAACCAACGACCGCAUUAUUUAUGGGAUGACCCAAUGCAUCUGUCAUGGUGUCAUGUUAGGCGAAUGUAUAUACAGUUAUAAUGGUACGCGGAACGUUUUUUGUUUUAUACUUUUCUAUCGCGUUUGUAUCAUCGUAACAAUGCAAGUUAGCAUUUCUCGAAUUCAUUCGGAUACAAGCAAAAUUUCGCUUUUGAAUAUCGUUCCUCGUUUUUACUUAAAUGCGAAUGUUAUUAAAGAAUCCUUUCAACAACUGUCGUAAAGAUCAAUUUGGGAGAAAGACCACGACAUUAAAAGAAUUUGAGAUGAACAAAAUAGAUCCAAAGAUACUACAAAGAUACAAUUAAUUUUAUUUUAUUUAAUACUAUAUAACGCUAUUAGAGAGAAAAGAAAUGAAAAAAUUGUUAGAUGCGCCAAAUGAAUCAAAUGGGCAUUUAAUCGUUUAAAUUGGCGUGUUAUAAGGUUCGUAUUCGUUCGCCUAACGAUACCUGGAUAAAAUCGUAGAAAAGACUGUACGUCUUAAUGAAUAUUGGAUAUUAGUGAAAUUUCUUGAACUAUCGAAAACAAGGGAAACGUUAAAAAUCUUUAGAAUAAAUUGGUUGCUACGAAUCUAGAUGAUUUGUUGUCGUAACGUAACUUCUCUUAGGGUAUUCAAGAAGGUACGAGGUAACCGUAAAAAUGAGCGACGUCGAUUUGUAAAAUCUGUCGAUAGCUCUUAGAGCGAAUCAUUUGAUUGCUUCGAGCGCAAUCCUAGUAAAAAUGCAACAAUACACGCGUUGUUUCAAAACUACAAAUCAAUGUAGUUGUAGAAAAUUAUGGCUCUGAACAAUGAAAUUUCAAAGCAGAGUAUACGCGACGCUAAUAUCGUUUCGUUUAACUAAAUAACAAUUUUAAUUAGAUAAUAUUGGAAAAGAUUGAAACGUCACCAAAAUGGAAUAAUAUUAAGAAUUCGUGGUGAGAAAACAGUGACAACGUUAGCACAUUUGAAAUGCGCGCUAUGAACUUAUGGCAUGCGGGUGAAAAUCAGACGAGAACUUAUCGAUAGGACCAAAUGUCACAUUGAUUCGAACUCGAAUCUUUUUAUCAAUCUGCGUAUCAAAACAUAGUAAAUAUUAAUUUCCAUACUUUAAAUUUGUUAGUCGUUGACGUAAAAGGAAGUACGUACAGAUUAUUUCGAUCGAUUGGAAUCGAGUGGAUGGUGUCCGAAGUUAGUCGGCAAAGGUGGUUUCUGUAAAUUUCGCUUUGUGAAUUGACCAGAAAUCCACGUAACUAUCGUCGGUAACAUAGAAUUUUGUAGGCUAUAUUGUAUUGUGUUCUUCAUUUAUUUAAAACUAUUGCAUGCUAUAAAAUCGAGCCUUGUCUUUAAGGAGAAUGGAAAUACUCGAUAACGAAGUCAUCGAGACGCUGCACCCGAUUACCACUAAAUAACUUCAAAUUUGUUUUUUAAUAAUUACGAUGAACAUCUGGAGUGCAUCAAAUAAAUCGAAAACGCAUUUUGAGAAACGUGAUGCAUCUGAAAUGAGCAUUGCGAGAAUAUUUUCAAUGCGAUCAAUUCUCAAAAAGCUGCACAAUACAAAAGUGCUGCGAAACUUUCGAUAGAUGUAAUUGUACCAAAAGAAAGAAAUUUUCCUGCAUUUCGUAGAACAAUGCUUGGUGCAAUUAAAUAUCUCUGUGUUACAGUUCUUCGUGUCCCUUUCCGUAGUUUCUCACAGGCGAAAGAACGAUCAUUAAUUGAAAAGAAUGUUUCGUCGCUAUUUUUGCCGUAAAGAAAUAUCGUUCGUCGGAUUGCCGAAUAAAUUGGAAAAUUGUUGUUCAUGAAAGGCAUGUGUGCGUGUUUAAACGAAUGCUGCUAUUAGUGGAGUAAAGGGCGUAUUUUCACGAGUUGGGGUAACGUCUAAUAUUUAUUUCUUUAAGAAAAGAAUAAGCGGACAAUAAUAAUCCAUCGUUUACGAGUGAUUAUACUUAUGCAGAAAUCAGCAUCAUCCACUAUUACGAACGUUUCAUUCAAAACAUCAUGGUUAUUGUAACAUGAAAGCAUUGUCAUUAAAAAAAUUAUCAUACUCAUUGAUUGUCAUAUGCACUUUGUUCCAAUGAUAUGCAUUUCACAACAGAACAAAUUAAUGCGAAUGAUCAUUUGUUAAAAUCGUAUGCCCUUUGAAGAGAAUUUUACAUUUGCGAGAAUGAAAUGCAAUGGCAGACCUGAUCAAUGUAUACAUUCUUAGAUGAACGUUUUACGAUGUAUAAUUCUACGUUUUUCCGAUAUUUUCGCCAUUUAAAUGUAACGGAGAAAAACUAUUUCAUCGUUGAACGUUUACCCUUUUAUCGUAAAAAUUGACACAAACAGACUUCCAGCUGUAUUCGGAGGAGACAAUAUGAAUCAUUUCGACUCUGAAGGAAACUACGGAGUUCUGUACUUAAAAAUAACAUCAUUCGUAAAUUUACUCUUAUCUAGCCUAGCAUUGUCAUACCUUCGCCAUGAGAAAGCAUUGACCAUCAUCGAUGUCAUCCUACGCAUAAUGCGAUAUUUUGAACAUUUGUAUUUGUAUAGUUAUUCCAUGUUCGAAGGUCACCGAACACGAAAUUCGAGAUUAUAACAGUCCCAUGAAUGUUUGUUAUAAACCAAAGAAUUGCUUGUAAUUUGUAGGUCGUCUGUCACGUUUUUCGACUAAAGUGUAUUUACCAUUUAAUUGUAACACGAGCAAACACCAUAUACUGUUAACCGAAAGAAUGUUGUUUCUUAUAUUAGAGCCAUUGGGGCUAGGCAUUGGGCCAAUCUUUGACUCAAGUCAAUAUUUCCCAACCUUUGUCGAGUUCGAGACUAUCUUUCAUACUAGAAAUGAAUCGUACAAACAAUGUCUAACCUUCCAUCUCGUUAGACCUGCACGGGAAGGAAUUUUUAAAUACAACAAGAAACUAACAUUAAGUUUUGCCAUAAUUUCAAAAUUAGAUACUAAGUCUGUUCUUUUCAUAUACCAAGAAUCAGUGUUACGAUUAUUAAUAUAAUAUUGCGAUAUCAUUGUAUUGAAACAAAUAAAUGUGAAAAUUUUCAUGAUAAAAUAUUUUAUAAGGACAAACAGGUUGGGAAUCCGGAGCUUAGGCAAACUACGCGUCGCCUAGUGGUGCCCUCUAAAUCUUGACGCCUUCGUUAGUUUCUGUAAUUGAUUCGAUCUAUCAUACUCGAUGUCUAUCGUAACCAUAAAGGCGACAAAAUACGAUCUCUUCGAGGGCACCAAAACGCCUAUCGUCGGUCCAGCUCGUAUACUUUAACUGUUUCUCAACUAUACACAUAGAGUAAUAUGUAUGUUAUUUGUUCGUUGAUGGCUGUUCGUACGAAAAAGAUACAAUAUUCGCGUUUACAGUGCAACAACGUGGAGCAAUGACCUAAUAAUAAGUAACGGGAAACAAUACAAUAAUUUUUCAUACUGUUUUUACUUUUUACUACUAUGAUUACGUACGACUGUAUAAUGUUAUUCUUAUCACGUAUUAUACGAUAUAUCGAGCUGCAUGCGUAUCAGAUACGCACAUUCUGAGGAACAUCUGAGAAUCAUCUGAGAAUACACGCGUACCGACGUACAUAUUACGCUCUACUACGUACUAAAUAGUUUAUAUCUAUAGCCGUUGCAAAGGAUUCGCUACAUUACGACGUAACUAUUAUGCGUGAGAGAUAGGACAUUUCGUCUGUGCAUAUGAAUGUACGAGUAUAUGUGCGUGUGCUGUGUAUCCGCCGGUGUAAAGUCGAAGCAAGGGGAAAGGAAUGAACGAGUCACACGAAAACGAACAACCAAUUUCUCGUGGUAACCUGCGCGCGUAUAAGUAUUCCAAGCGAUUCGCUCGAUGAACGUAGAACGACUGAGAGAAGUGAUAAAACGCAUAUUAUUUCCCGAUUAAACGAGAAACGGCGAUAAUCAUACUCGAUACCGAUUUCCUUUUCUGACCUGGCCCACGGACCGACUUGGAAUCAAAAAAGUCAUCGAUCUUAAAUAACAAACGCGAAAGAUAAAUUUGCCUCGGAGCAGUGUUUCACGUGGCGUUUGUUCUAUGCAAGAUGUAAACGUUGAUAAUGAUCGCGAUUUUUGAGUGUCUGUUCCGCUGACAUGCAAAAUAAAGGUCAUUUCCGUGCAAAAGGAUCUCAUAAGACUCGUGUCGCGUCCUACGAUGAAACCAAAGGUCGCCACCCUGUAUCGCGUAACAUGCUUUCAGUGUAAAUCGUUUUAUAGGUUAGGUUUGAAAUCUCCUCUUGGCGUGAAACGAAAAGAGCUCGGACUGACGACUUCUUAUUGCUGCAAUUUGCGCGAGUUUGCAAGGCUCAAGUUGUACAUUAUAACUGCACCGAGGAGAUUUACGGGUUAAGAGAACAUUAACGAAUUCAAUUGUCUUCUAGAAAUCUUCGGUCGUUGAUUCAAAUCGAUUUACAUAUCUCUCCGAACACUGCGUACAUAUCAAAACGAUAUUUAUCGAAUGUAUCGCGUUCGUACAAAUUAGAAAUAACAUCGUAGCGCCGUGAACACGUCGAAAUAAAAUAACAUGGAAAUAUAGUAUAUCCCGUGAUGUAUAAGAGGUGCAAAACCUUGUAGAACUGCCAAAACCGGCACGCGACAGUCUUUAAAGUAUCGAACCUUCCAUUUGACAUCGUACGGGUUAAUGUAACUGCCGAACGAAAGCGCCUACGUAUAAACAGGUAAGUCGAACAGAAGAAAUAUAAAGUGCAUAAACGAGGCGCACGAUCACCAGAUAUUGUACGUAGUUUCUAAGUACGUGCGUGUUGCAACGAUAUCUAAAUGCCAUAUCAAUACCUGUCUGCGCGUAUCACCGUGUAACAGUAAUUAAUUGCAGGUCACCGAACUGCGAUAAGAGUGAUGCGACACUUGCAUUUUCAUAUUAUUUUGUCAAUCACUGGUUACGUAUCCCCAAGAGGUCGAAAAUCUAAUCUUCGUCUCUUGGCUCUUUACUCGGCAAAGAAUGCAAGAGUUCGUUCGUCGCUUUCUCAAAACGUGUGAAUUUUGAUGUAACGUCGUUGUAAUAAAGACAUAAUGGAAAUUGGGGUGGACGCAUCGUAUGUUUAACUUUAAAUGCGAAGCAAUAGAUGGCUCCUUGAUACGCGUGAUUAUGGUCGGAAUUUUGUCGAGGCGAAUCGAUAGCUCAUAGCAAUUAUUGUAUAACGAUAGUAGUACUAUGUGUCAGAUCGAUCACGCGAUCGAGCAGCCAAGGCGAUUGAGAGCGAACUGGGAACUUUGAGCCGCUUGGUAAUUUCAGUGCUAAAAAACAAAAAAAAAGCAAAAAAAAUACAAGAAAGAACACUAAUUAUAUCCAUAACUAUCCUAUAUACCUAAAACCAAAAAAAAAGAUAACCAAAGCAUUGUAACCUUCUAGAGGCAAAGAAGAAAUAGAGAAGUACCUAAUCUUGUAUGGUUUAGUUCGACCACUGAUUUGUCCGUGUGUGUUCGUUAUUGAAAUAUGUUUCUUUAGUAAAAAAAUGCUUAAAAAUCUAAA